AUCGAAAUGUAACAUUCUAUAUCUAGCUUUCUGGUUGUCAGCCACAAAUCUGAUUGAAAACCAAAACCUAUGCACUUGCUCGUGCAUAUCGUUGCCUCAGAAAGCGAAGCGGCGCAAGUUUCCUCGACCCCAACCUUGUGUAUCCGCUCCUGGAUCUCAUUAAAGUGCAUUCCCAUGUCAAAAUACGUUCCACCGCAGCGCCGACCGAAGGGCAAUGAUCCGGCUCAGGUCAUGGCAAACGCCAGAAACACCCACUCCAGCACCCCAGAGAAAUAUACCCCAAAACCCAAUGUCUACGUGAGGCCCGUGGAGGGAGACAAAUUAGCCGCCAGGGCCUGGCGCUUUGCCAGCUCCAAAGCCCCAGAGUCUGAAGACUACGGCUUGAUCAGCAGAGGCGAAGAUACUCGUUUGCAGAACAGCUCCAAACUACGCGUGGAGUUCUUCGAGCGGGUGAGGGCUGAAUUUGCCAAAUUGUGUUUAAAGGAGGCACCUUCUUCCGUUUCGGACUUGGAAAGUACAAGCUCUGCCGGGUUAAGUGAGUCCAGUUCUGCCCCGGCAAGUGGCUCCAGUAACGCGAUAAGCUACGCCAUAUCGCCUGUAUCGGCAGAUGGCAAUGUAAAGAGUAUGGACUGGGUGCUCAUGUCGCUUCGGAAGUUGCGAGAGGCGUUGAUUCACCUCGAGACAUUGGAUUCGUUUUCCGUGGGGGUUUUUUUAUUCUCGGUGCGUGUUUCCAUCAACGUGGGCCACUACCAGACCUACGUCCCGAGCAUUAACUUCUUGAUGAAACGGUAUCAGGAUGACCGGUCGGUAUUGACAGAAAUGGAAUUCUACGAGGUCACCAAGUAUCUCAUUCUCCAUUAUGUUCACUCUACCCACGAUUUCAUGGCGGCGUUGAACGUGUACACCCAGCACAGCAAGAAAGACAAUCUCCUCCGGCGUGACGUAGCCCUUCGACGCAUCAUGGACAGCUACUUCACGGAUGACUACGACUCGUGGUUCCGAGGCUUGGCCAGCGAAAGCGAUGUGAACAACUACCGGUUGAUGCGGAUGGGGUUUGACCGCAUGCUCACGCACUUCGUCUUGGUCGUGACUAAAGCAUACUUCACGAUACCGAUGGCCGAGCUUGUGAAGAUGCUACAUGAUACAAUUGCAUGGAGAGCAUUGAUGGAAUUUAUUAAGGAUCGGUCUGGACUGAGCUUGGUGGGGGUCCACUGGAGGGUACAUGGGAGUAACCCCGAGUUGGUUACUAUCAAAGACAGGCCACUGGUGAAGAAGUAAGUUACAUGGGUCAAGCUGCAGUAAUAUAAGAGGUCAAAAAAAUUGAUAUGUCUGUGUUGCGAGAUAUUGGUUUAUACUUGGGUAUUCCUGGUUUCUGUGAUUUGAUACAUUCCGGGGUAAACUGGAAGGAUUUAGUAACUCUUUGUAUUUUAACCAAAUUAUAGACCAGGAAACCGAUAGUAAAAAACUAAACGCUACACACUUUAUUAGUUUGCAGUUGGGAAAGGAAUAUAGGCCUAGAUAGGCUAAAGAUGUGUGGUUAUAUCCCACUUUAAUGUAUCAACUUAUAAUACGAGUGUUACACCCCCCAUCACUUGGUUUCAGCGUGUUUUACAUUUUGUCGUCACUGAUAUCGUGCUGUACCGGGUUAAUAUUGUACCCGUGUUUUGACCUACGAAAUUUUGCAUUCUUAUAUACUAUAAUUUACAAAUCAUUGGC